GAAUUCGCGGUCCAACUUUGCGGUUAUUUCCCUUGCUUGUUUGUGCCUUCUAAACAUUUGGUCAUCGUCGGAGAGCCGUUCUAGACGGGAUACAGCUUUAGGUAUGUUUACGGUUUAGUUGCAGUUCCUAAUAGUUCUUCAGCAACAGGCAGAUAGCUCUAGCGAAGAUCCCGAGUUGGUAAUAAGCCUUAAUUGUACACAUUUGAUUCGCUGUUAGUUCGUCGUAUUAGCAUGUUCUCACUUCAAACGAGCACGUAAGGAUCCAGUAUGCAUGUAUUCAAUUUACAAGCUUCCACUAAACACCAAUGUUAACUAUUAACCGCGCGACAGACGCCUCUAUGAUCAGAAAUAUUGCUUAUCAAGUUAAAUUUUAAGCAAAAGUCUAACUAUAAUUAAAACUGGGGUUGUUCGUAGUAAUAAUGAGCCAUCCUUACUUAAAGGUUGGAGCGCGAAUCACGCUUUAAUUCAGUUUAAAUUGUUGGACCAAAUUCAAUAAUAAGGAAGCGGUUGAAAACAUUUUCAGUUUUUAAUUGGCUGAUAUUGUUUUUGUUGCGAAGCAGUGGUUGGAGUCAAAAUCUUCAAGCCAUCUCGUUGCAUGGAUUACAUUUUCAUUUUCUUUAGCAUGAUGUGAAAGUUUAUUGAACUGAAAGAUAAAUGUUACUUCAUUUGUAAAAUAAAUCGUCGCAUAAAACUCUAAACAGGUUUAUCAGGGCUGAAAGCUAAGCUCAAAGAGCUCAAACAACGACAAAGUUGUUGACGAACUUGAUAUGGGCUUGUCUACCGUAACGGUGACAACGGUUAUGUUGUUAUGCCACAUGACAGGUGUUCUGGGAAAUGACGCGCGAAGUGAUCAAGAUAUUGUCAUACCGACCAUACGAUUGCACUACGGACGCGUACGAGCUAUACCAAAUCCGUGUGCCAUAUACACCAUUUUUACCCCUAACGCUAAUGUACUAGUCAUUUGAGACCCUCGCCCCCACCCCUCCGUCGGGGAUGACCGGGGCAUUCACUUUUUAUGCAAGUGAAAGCAAGUGGAUUCUCCGCUCCCCGGGGCUAAAUGAAUGGUGAACUCCCCCGCCCCCUUAUGACCCACACACCAAGAGACUAAAAAGGGGACAGAGAGGGCAUCCCCCAUAUACACCCUACUCCAUAGGUAAUUCGUCUCGAGUUAUUUUUAGAAUCGGGAUGAAGUUACCUCGCGCGAGGCGUGGAUGUUUCGUGGAGGUUUCGCAUGACCAAACGCAGUGCAAAACAUGUCGGGCGAGAGGCAAUGAAAGCGUAAAAAGAUCGAGAGCAUUCCUGAAUAUUGAUGAAGCGAAAUUAGUCGGCGCUCACCUGGGAAAAAGGAUUCGCAGGACUCUUUGACAACCCGUGAAAUCAGUUUAACUCGAAGUUGUCGUAACCUCAGUGCUUUAAUAAAAUGAGAAAUUUCGCCGGUCUAUUGAAACCGGUCGUUUGUACAAUUUAGGGACUUUAAGAUCCAACGACGCGGACGACAACUAGAACCUCAAAAAAACAAUAGGUUUAAUUAGCAAAACAACAAUUUCGCACGUGCGACACACUUUUUUGUUCAUUUCUUUCCCGUUUUUGCACGACUACGACGUGAAAAUGCCUAAUUUCGCGUUUUAUGGAGGACGUAAAUAAGAAACGACGAAAUUUUAUUUCUCUUUCUGAGCUUGAAUAUGGUCCCUUGAAAUUCAGCUUUAGGAGGGUUCGCCUACAAUUGACAAAGUAAGUGGGUAGGAAUAAUCGCUAUAAAGACUGAAAAAAAUAAACAUCAAACGAGAAAUUGCUCUCUUCAAACUGUAAAUUAUAAAUGAUCCUGAGAGAAUAUUCAGUGUGUUAAGGAUUUCCCUGCUCUACCGUUAGCUCUAUACAAGAGAGGAAGGGCGAUUCUUUUUUAAUUUCGGUUUCGCUGACACAGCUUUCGCAGAAAUCUCGCUGUAGUCGUUUUCGUCGACAAAAGGAAUAGCAAAAUCGCUCUCCGCGUCUUCCCCCGUUUUGUUCUGCGUCAUUUCGUGAAGGACGCGUGGCUCUCAGCGUGGGUCAUCCACGCGGAACACAUUCGCGCUAUGUGAUUGGCUAUUGUCUAAUCCCCCUUGAGAUCUGUGGUGUUGAAAAUAACUCGAGACGAAUUACCUAUGGAAUAGGGUGUAUAUGGGGGAUGCUCUCUCUGUCCCCUUUAUAGUCUCUUGCCACACACACAAUACUCCCUUUCAAAUUUUACAACUCUAAUCGUGUUACCGCCAAGAACAAGGAAUGACAAAUAUGAUGAUUAGAGCUGUGGAAGAACUUGCCUGCGAAUACAGCCGUUUCUACUUUCUCCUCACCGCUAGGGAUAGACUGCUUGCAGUCCGUCUAGUUCUUGAUCGCAUCCAGCGCGAUUGCAAACCACGAUGUUAUUAUAUAGGGAUCGAGACGAGACGAGAAAAGACGGACUGCUGACUCUUUUGUAGUAAACAAACCCUCUUAUUUUUUCUUCUCGGGCUCACGCCCUCGUUUCUCGGGGUAAGCGGCUUCGCCGCUCGCAUGCUUAGGUUUUGCGUGCAGUAACUUUGCAAAGAAAAAUAAGAGACUGCUCGCAGUCUACGCUAGGGACGUUUCCCCUCCCUAGCAAUGAGGAACAAGGAGAAACGGGUGUAUUCGCAGGCGACAGGAGCAGCUAUUAUAACACCUGUAAACUCUCGAAGGAGAAGGAAAAUGACGACAGGAGCCGAUUACCUGAUGAUGACUAUUUGAUAACGACGCGAUAACAACAAAUUUUAACUCAUGUUUUACAGCCUUUUGAGAUUUUUAUGAAAAAUAAAAACACUACUAUGAAGAGGAAAAUAAGACGCGAACCUCUCGUAUAAAUGACAGGAAAAUGUGCUGGCGUCUGACGCGACGCAACUAAGACACACGUGAUAUGCCUGUAUAAAUGGUAUAGUUUAUGUCUUCUUUAAGACUUAUCGUAGGUAAGCCUCGCCUUAUUAUUCCACGUUUAAAUGGCCCCAAUGAAACACAACAGACAACAACAAUGUUGUGGAAUACAGACGAACUUAAACUCUAAAAAAAAAUACUUGUGAAUGUUUAACCAAAAGUAGCGGCCAAUAUGUCUUUUUAUUCAGUCGAAGCCCUCCUUGUGACCGCUCCCGUAAGCGCUACCACGUUUGGGAUUACCCAGCUAAACUUUUCCUUUGUUUUUAAGCUCUCGUAAGUCACCACUCAGAGUCCUAUUCAUAUAAAUCAACAUGAAACUGCACGCUGCGCUGUUGGUUCGUUGAUAAAGAUCUGUGGGUUAUUUUGGUCUAAAAAAUAUGGACGUAAAGGUUAGCUCUGUUCAUAUCAGAUGUAAAGACACUCAUUAAACAUUAAUUUUUUUAUUAUGAUUAUUUUUCUUUAUGAAUUAUUAAUGAGUUUCUCGUAAGCGACCAGCUCUAGUUAGGACCACUUUUUCGUAUUUCGAGGUGGUUGCUUACGAGAACUUCGACUGUAUAUGAAACCUUAAUUGAUAUCUCUUCAGGAGUAAUGGUUGUUUUAGCAGUUAUGUUACGAUGCAUGCAGCGCGAAAAUGAAAACCGCUGACUACAGAGUGACUUCCCCGCUUAUUCCCCGGUCAGGGAGGCGAAGACCUCCGAAUUUCUAGCGUAUCCCCCGCUUACCGGGGGACAAAAAUGGAGUGAGUAUGAAUUGAAAGGCCCUGCAUUACCCCGGUAAUCCCCGAUGGUUUCAAAUGACUGUUGCAUAAUUCAUUUGGAAAGAGUUAUAGAUGUGUGGAUACGGUAUAUUGUUGACGUAAUUGUUUUACUAUUUGUGCCAUUAGCAUAAGGACUUAAUAGCAAAAGACCGCCGUAAAUUAAAUUUUCUCUCAAGAAGACUUUUCAUUCGCAAAUAAUAUCAUCGACUCAGUUUAAAUCUACAGAAACAGUAAAACGGUUGCGCAUUCGCAGAUAACCUUCUUGCACAAUGAAUCGUUUCUCUGAACAGAAGUUUCUAGUUAUUGGGCGGCCCAUGAGGGUAACGCAUAAUCAAGAAAUACCUUUGGCCAUGUCAAAAAAAGACAAAAUGGCGGACGAAACUCUCAGGAGACUUUGCGUGUCCCAUUCCCCCUUGUGAUGGGGCCGAUUUUUGCGGCGAGGGGACGGGUCAUUUCAGGGCGUCUGGUGAACAGACUUAGAAGUCGAUUUGGAACAAACUCAAAAUUAUUGUGUGGAAUUAUUAGCCCUAUAUCAACGCGGAAUGAUCAACUUAAUACAGUAUUCGAUGAUGUAGUUCGCCUGCGCGGGAGAUGCAGAAACAAGCGGCCUUCCCACGGUCCCCAUGGGAACAGUUCUCUCCUUGCGUGUGGAAAAUCUUUCCUUACAAAGGAAUAUGCUAUUUAUAGAUCGCCCCGUCAAAUAGAAACAUAUUCACUUGCCAUGGAUUGUUAGAAGGACUUUAAAUGUAAUAUCCGACAGAAAUAGAGCUGAAAUUUGCUUUGCGAGUUUUAAGGAACAGAAUAUCACUGUUAUUUAACAGUAUAUACCAUUCAUCGGAAAUCAAUCGAUAUCAUCGAUAUAAGUAAUGGUAACAGGACUGAGUGGAGUCCAAUUGGGUCUGUAGUCAUACGAGUGAUUAACAAAAUCGGACGACCGCCGUAGCAUUGUGGAAAUGUCCCAGUUGAAAAUAAUGCUAAUCGUUUCUUGUUUCUUAAGGCUAUCUGGCCAAUUUUUAUUCAUAACGGUAGAAGUCACUAUUCAGCCCUGGCUUAAAAACGCGCACUCGGCAGCCCAAUGAACCCCCACUAUGGGGGUCUUGUUAAAUCUUUGUAUUCAUUUUUUUGCCUCCUUGACAUAUGCCCUUCAUUUUUUGAAUAAGCUAUUAAAAAGGAAUCCCUUUAUUUUAUAUUUUGUUUGUAUUUCACUUAAGGCGCCGUAUAUUAAAAAAAACACACACUCAAAAUCGUCCUCAUUGUGUAAUUUCUGCAGUCCCAAGCUAGACGUACGCAAAAGUGAAAAAAUGGCAGAAAAUAAUGUUCAAGUGACAUGUACUGUCUUGACUAGCGAAGUUGAUCUAUUUGAUAAAACGUAAGUUUUAAUUUACUUCUACUUUUUUAAAAGAAUUUCUCUCAUGUUUUAUCUUGGACUCUACUGUUUACCUUGUUUUGCAUGCUAGAAUCAUUUUAUUUUGUUAUCCAUUCCACUCAUUCGCUUACUGGACAGAGUUUUUCAUUAUAACCUUGCAGAGUUAAAAUGGCGCCAUUUUCAUAUUUUACAGAGCAGAGCCUUCAAGCAUUGCAUCGGUCUAAAGGGUUUCAUAACUUCUUUCAGGACCUAAAUUUCCUCAGCUGGGUUUUUAAUUUAGCAUAAUAUCUUUUCUAAUAACGAAAAGAAAAAGAUCUGUUUACCUUUGCUGAUCCUGGCCAAAACGUCGGGAGAAAAUAAAGAAGCAGCAGCUCGAAGAACAACUCAGAAAGAAUUAGUUAAAUUAUUUGAGUGUUGUGACUUUUGUAUUUGUGGCUUUGACAAUAAACUGUCUCUCUAUUGGCGAACGUACACUGACACAAUGGAGAUGACGAGUGAGAUUAACUGAUUAUACUGUUUCGUAGACAAAGCCAUAGAAAACAACAAAGAUUUUGUACUGGAAACGAAUAUCACACAUUAACUUUUCUCUAAGUAAACUUAAUUUCCAUACGUUCCUUUAUUCCUUAGUUUUCGCACGACGUCGAAACUCCCAUGGGAGAGAAUACUAGUGUCACCUCCCGCCAAAUAUAAAUCAGUUCAGGGGCACCCAACGACAAUUUUCGGAAAAAUAUCUGUUCGGAAGACGAUUUGAGAUCUAGAAUUUUCGGAACAUUUGUUGUAAAAUUUCUUGCUUGCCUGCCUCUCCUAGGAUUUUAGGACAUCUAAAAAAUGGUAUAAUUGCCUAUUUUUAACGUAUUUUUACCCUAAAAAGGCCACCUAGAAUUUUCGGGAGCCUUUUUUCUCGCUAAAAUUUUCGAAAAAGUAAGUUUUGAUCCCUAUAAUUUUCGGAUCACUUGACUUUCAGCUAAGAAAUCCGAACAGAUGAAAAAUUUUUAGGGGAUAAAAAUAUGCCUAUAUCUACCGUUUAAAUACUAAAAUACGUUAAACAAUUCUAUGUUUAAGUGGUUUUGAACUAUAUUCUCGUUGGGUGCCCCUGUCAGUUACCGUAUACAUCUAAUGCAAAACAAGUACUUUCUAUUUAACACAUGGGAGAUCCAUUUAGUUUAAACGUACGAUGAAUUCUUAUCGUUGCGAAUUCACAAGAGAGCUGUGUCUGGCACUGAUUUUGCUCAGACAAAUAAAGGAUGUGCACUUCAAAGCUGUGUGUCGCAAAAGAUGUUCAUAAUACGUGUGGUGAAUAAAUUUCAUAAAUUAGGAUAAUUAUGCGAACUGACCAAGGUGUACAAAGAAGUGGGCUUCUAUUUUGUUCAAUCCUGCCUUUAAGACGUGCGAAUGCAUUGUAUUUCUAAAUACAAAAGCUCUUAGCUUGAAAUAACUUCUACAGUCAACUACUUCUAAACGGACCGACCUCUCUUUAAACCUAGAGUUCGUCCCUGUAUUUCUUUCCUGCUGUAAGUUGACUCCUCUUUAACUCGGGCACCUCUCUAAGGCUCUGACUAACGCGAACAGAUUGUGCCGGUCCUAAAGGUGUUAUAUUAAUAUGCACUCAGACUUCAAACGAAAAAAAAGGUGGGAGAAAGAUGAUCACAUAAUUCUUUUUAUCGUCGGUUUCAUGAUGAAUUGAUAGAUUCAUGAUCAAUUCGUCAAAAGAUAGCUGCUUACAAUAAAAAAAAAUCAUCUUCCAUUUUUUAGUAUUUGGAGGAGCACAGAAAAUGAAUUUCGUCUUCGAUUUGAUCACAUUCACAGUCAGGGCAAACGCUAUAGACUCUAACAUGUGUCUAAUUACAGUCGAAGCUCUCCUUGCGACCACUCUAGUAAGCGACCAGCUUCGGUUACGACCACAUUUGUGAUACGCGAUCGAUGGAUGGCUUAAAAGCGAAUGAAUGAACGAAAUAACUUAAAUGAAAAAUAACCAGGUGAGUAAGAAUGCCAAGUGCACGGAGGCAAAUUAGUUGGCAACUCACAGGCGUGGUCAACUGGAUUAUAUUGGAACCCUAAAGGGGGGGGGUACUCCUGGGAAUUAUUGGUGGGGGUGUGCCGCCCGGCUCUCCAAAUUUCAGACCCCCAAAUUUCUUUUUUCACUCCCGUUUUCAAUAGUUUUGCAUCUAACAAGAUAAAACCAUCGGUUAAUGAAACAAACUGGAGUAGUUUGCCAGCCAGGACCUGUGCUCUUAUUCUCUUUAUUUCGAUUUGAAUAUUUGAUUACAAGCCCGGAAAGUUACCGGGGCUUUCGAGUAACGGGCCCUUGGGUCCCGUUUCUCGAAGGGCCGGUAACUUUUCGGGUCCGUAAUCAAAUAUUCAAAUCAAAACCUGUUGAAUAGCAGCAAAGUUCCUAGCUCACAAACCGGUCAAUUUUGCUUCUGAUAAUUUCUGAACUGAUAAAUGAAAUAAACUGAUAAUUUCAUUGUGUCAUUUUCGAAAUUAUUGAAACUUUGAUGAUUGAGUGAGAACACGGCAAACAUAAAACAGCUUUUCGGGCCCGAAAAGUUAUCGGGACGUUCGAGAAACGGGUCCCAGGCCUCUAAAAUCCAUACCCGUUUUCAGACCUGGCUUGUAAGAAAUUAUGUCAUCAUUACUUAGAUAUAAGAACGCCAAAACAAAAGAUUCGUUAAAAUCCACUUCAAAUUCGCAUAUUUAUCUCUCUUUCCUAUUCAUUUAGAAUUGAAACGAUAAAUGCGUUCAUACACGUCCGUAGUUUCCUCGAAAACCAUACCCGAUUCAAGACCAAAAUAGACAAAGUCUAGACCCCUUUCCUUGACCAAAACGGCCCAAAAACCAUACCCUUUGGGGGGGGGCACAUACCUAUAUGGCUUAUAUAAGGGAGUACCCCCCGAAUGUGAAUUCCAAGGCGAUGAUCAAGACAAGGCCGUAAGUGUCUAAGGUCGGAACACACAAGGUGACACGGUCGCUACAACAAGUCGCGGCGGCAUAAUCACGCCUUGUGUUCCAGUGUGCUUGUUCGGGAUACAAAAGUCUGUUCGGAGACAAAGAUUUUCACCAAAAAAAAUUCAACUCUUCAAUACUCACGAAGCGAUUGUCACCCAGUGAACUGUACCGACCUUUAAGCUUGAGGCCUCCGGGUUUCAAGCCUGGCCCCCUUAGAUCUUAGCCACGCUGCUUCCCCACUUUUCUUUCACUAAUUAUUUGACUUUUUUUAAUUUUCAGGAGAAAAAUUGAGCGCGUUCUUAGCUGGUUUGAAGGGCCGUCAACUAACGGAAGAACAGAAAAAUGAUAUCCUGAUCAUGAAAACUGCAUUAAGGUGAGUUGUGUGACUAGAGUGGUGUUUAUGGCCUUUUUACAUUUAAUUAAAGUGAAACAAACCGAAAAAACAACAAAGAAAGAAAAACUACAACACCAUAAGUCACUAAGUAAACUCGCUUACCCGCACUAACUGUCCAGUCAGCAUUUUGCAAAUAUUGUAGUAAUAUAGAAUAAAAAUCAAUAUAUCUUUGCUGCUAAGCUAACAUUAGAUGUUGUCAUUUCCGAAAGCACAGGAAAACAGAAAUGUACUUUUUUAGUUUUACGCAGAUUCCUACCGCCAUUCACCAAGAACUUAGAGCUAAGUUAAAGCUGCCAUUACUACAUUUGCUACGUUCAUACUAUACCGGUCGUUUCGAUACAGGUCUUUUCGAUACAAAUUUAUUCACUCGAGGUGUAAAUAGUUCCCCGUACUUGGCUUAAUUAAAGAACGAAGAUAUUAACCCAAAAUGUUUUUCUUGUUCACACGCAACUACUACACCUGAGGUGAACAAAAUUUUUGUGCAAUUUCACUUCUUGAGUUUGUAUCGAAUCGACUUGUAUCGAAACGACUUUUUAUCGAAACGACCGGUUUUAGGUUUCAACGAACCAACCCGUUUGACCCAUGGCCACUGCCUGAAAAGAACUAAAAAAAGUUCCGGUCUCAAAGCUUAAAAACAUAUGCCAAAUAGCAGAUUGAAGCUGUUAGAGAUGUUGCGGACGAUCUUCAUCGUUUAAACGUUCGCUCCCUUGCAGCCAUAAAUGGUUUUCACAAUGACGACAUCAAAUUGUAAAGUCAAAAUAGCGAGGUUUCACGAAUUCCUAUUUACACUAGGUUGAAGAUAAACAAAAAAAAAUCUUUGUACAAGUUUCCAUUCCCGUAGCAUGUUUCAUUUCGAAAAUACAGCAAUUUGAACUUCCAAGUUUUGACAGUGCGUGACACCAAUUGAAAAUAGGAAUGCUGUCUCGUUGAAAAAAAGUCUCUCCUCUUGAUUUUCCGCAGUAUAACCAUUUCAGGUAUUAGAAGAUAUGUCUAUGCGCCCGAAUUCUAGUACUCGAGUGAAAAAAAGAGCUUUUAAUAGAAAAAGUGAACUCCAGAUGUUUUUGUUGAUUUCUGGCGGCCAUAUUGGCGUCCAAUCAGUGGCGUCUCCAUACAAAGCUCUACAAAGGUGCGUGAAACGUUUCGGCAAAUAACUCAGAAACUGUGGUUUCACAAACACCUGAGACUUGGACAAAUUGUUUAUAAAUUAGUCUUUUAUAACAUUUCGUCUUCUUGGCUUGUUCCACUAAACGGUUUCCAACUUAAUUUUUUGUUGCAUGACAGUAAAAACGAUCUAUAUCUUAGCUUCGCUAUUUUUAAACGAAACUGUCGAAUCAGGUCAAAUUUUUGUUACCUGCCCAUGCGCAGACAGCGCUUCUUAAGCUAAUCCAAAAUGGCGUUUUCACUCAUCCAUGCAACCACGCCUUUGCCGUACAAACAUUUUGACGGCCAAAUUUUCAAUCGCACCGACUAAAAAUUUUAUCGUUAGCAUGGUUUCGUGUGAACGAAACACCUUAACCCACUAAUUUCCAUUUGGUCCAAAAUUGGUCGGUAACGUGUUUCAACAACGUUAAUUAACGUAUUUUAAGGAGGACCUUAGAUAACAAUGACCUCAACCAGUUUGACGUCCAGCGGUUUAGUGAAAACAAGGGUUUGGGUGGGGUGCUCAGUCUCGCGGGCUCAUAAAACCUGAUUGUUAUUUAAGGAUUUUCGUAUUUUAAGGUCUAGAGCCUACUUGACAAGCCCUCAAGGUCAUGUGGGAAGCUGAAAGCUCCUUUGUAUUCUGACAUAACAUCUGGGUUGUCACAACGGUAUGAAUCUUGCCUCGUCGCUUCUUGCUCAAUGCAUUUCGGACUCGCUGGGACCACGUGACCCAAAACGCAUCGGCCGCGCGCAAUAAUAAGGUCUAAAAACCAGGCAUAAGCGCGUCGGUAUGUUUAUGUUUCGAGGUUGGCCGCUAGCUCUGUGACAGGUCUCUGGCACUGGCGGUAAUCUAACUUAUAUUAUUGACUAAAUAUAGAUUUCUUUACUUUACUUUUAUGGCUAGUUCUUUAAACAAGACGCUAGCGGAAAACCAGGAAAUGGAACCAACUUCUGAGCCUAAUGAACCUACCACACGGCAAUCGUCAGAUGAAGUGUGGGCGUUCUUAGGUGAAUUUAAGGGCCGUCAACUAACGGACGAACAGAAAAAUAAUAUCCUGAUCAUCAAAGCUGCAUUAAGGUGAGUUGUGUGACUAGAGUGGUGUUUAUGGCCUUUUUACAUUUAACUAAAGUGAAACAAAAAAAAAAAAAACAAAGAAAGGAAGAAAAACUACUAAAGACCUGAGACUUGGACAAAUUGUUUAUAAAUUAGUCUUUUAAAACAUUUCGUCUUCUUGGCUUCUUCCACUAAACGGUUUCCAACUUAAUUUUUUGUUACAUGACAGUGAAAACGAUCUAUAUCUUAGCUUCGCUAUUUUUAAACGAAACUGCCGAAUCAGGUCAAAUUUUUGUUACCUGCCCAUACGCGGACAGCGCUUCUUAAGCUAAUCCAAAAUGGCGUUUUCACUCAUCCAUGCAACCACGCCUUUGCCGUACAAACAUUUUGACGGCCAAUUUUUCAAUCGCACCGACUAAAAAUUUUAUCGUUAGCACGGUUCCGUGUGAACGAAACACCUUAACCCACUAAUUUCCAUUUGGUCCAAAAUUGGUCGGUAACGUGUUUCAACAACGUUAAAUAACGUAUUUUAAGGAGGACCUUAGAUAACAAUGACCUCAAGCAGUUUGACGUCCAGCGGUUUAGUGAAAACAAGGGUUUAGGUGGGGUGCUCAGUGUCGCGGGCUCAUAAAACCUGAUUGUUAUUUAAGGGUUUUCGUAUUUUAAGGUCUAGAGCCUACUUGACAAGCCCUUAGGGUCAUGUGGGAAGCUGAAAGCUCCUUUGUAUUCUGACAUAACGUCAAGGUUGUCACAAUGGUAUGAAUCUUGCCUCGUCCCUUCUUGGACAAUGCAUUUUGGACUCAAUGGGACCACGUGACCCAAAACGCAUCGGCCGCGGGCAAUAAUAAGGUCUAAAAACCAGGCAUAAGCGCGUCGGUAUGUUUAUGUGUCGAGGUUGGCCGCUAGCUCUGUGACAGGUCUCUGGCACUGGCGGUAAUCUAAGUUAUAUUAUUGACUAAAUAUAGAUUUCUUUACUUUACUUUUAUGGCUAGUUUUUUAAACAAGACGCUAGCGGAAAACCAGGAAAUGGAACCAACUUCUGAGCCUAAUGAACCUACCACACGGCAAUCGUCAGAUGAAGUGUGGGCGUUCUUAGGUGAAUUUAAGGGCCGUCAACUAACGGACGAACAGAAAAAUAAUAUCCUGAUCAUCAAAGCUGCAUUAAGGUGAGUUGUGUGACUAGAGUGGUGUUUAUGGCCUUUUUACAUUUAACUUAAGUGAAACAAAAAAAAAAAAAACAAAAAAAGGAAGAAAAACUACUAAAGACCUGAGACUUGGACAAAUUGUUUAUAAAUUAGUCUUUUAAAACAUUUCGUCUUCUUGGCUUCUUCCACUAAACGGUUUCCAACUUAAUUUUUUGUUACAUGACAGUGAAAACGAUCUAUAUCUUAGCUUCGCUAUUUUUAAACGAAACUGCCGAAUCAGGUCAAAUUUUUGUUACCUGCCCAUACGCAGACAGCGCUUCUUAAGCUAAUCCAAAAUGGCGUUUUCACUCAUCCAUGCAACCACGCCUUUGCCGUACAAACAUUUUGACGGCCAAUUUUUCAAUCGCACCGACUAAAACUUUUAUCGUUAGCACGGUUCCGUGUGAACGAAACACCUUAACCCACUAAUUUCCAUUUGGUCCAAAAUUGGUCGGUAACGUGUUUCAACAACGUUAAAUAACGUAUUUUAAGGAGGACCUUAGAUAACAAUGACCUCAAGCAGUUUGACGUCCAGCGGUUUAGUGAAAACAAGGGUUUAGGUGGGGUGCUCAGUGUCGCGGGCUCAUAAAACCUGAUUGUUAUUUAAGGGUUUUCGUAUUUUAAGGUCUAGAGCCUACUUGACAAGCCCGUAGGGUCAUGUGGGAAGCUGAAAGCUCCUUUGUAUUCUGACAUAACGUCAAGGUUGUCACAAUGGUAUGAAUCUUGCCUCGUCCCUUCUUGGACAAUGCAUUUUGGACUCAAUGGGACCACGUGACCCAAAACGCAUCGGCCGCGGGCAAUAAUAAGGUCUAAAAACCAGGCAUAAGCGCGUCGGUAUGUUUAUGUGUCGAGGUUGGCCGCUAGCUCUGUGACAGGUCUCUGGCACUGGCGGUAAUCUAACUUAUAUUAUUGACUAAAUAUAAAUUUCUCUACUUUACUUUUAUGGCUAGUUCUUUAAACAAGACGCUAGCGGAAAACCAGGAAAUGGAACCAACUUCUGAGCCUAAUGAACCUACCACACGGCAAUCGUCAGAUGAAGUGUGGGCGUUCUUAGGUGAAUUUAAGGGCCGUCAACUAACGGACGAACAGAAAAAUAAUAUCCUGAUCAUCAAAGCUGCAUUAAGGUGAGUUGUGUGACUAGAGUGGUGUUUAUGGCCUUUUUACAUUUAACUAAAGUGAAACAAAAAAAAAAAAACAAAGAAAGGAAGAAAAACUACAAAAGACCUGAGACUUGGACAAAUUGUUUAUAAAUUAGUCUUUUAAAACAUUUCGUCUUCUUGGCUUCUUCCACUAAACGGUUUCCAACUUAAUUUUUUGUUACAUGACAGUGAAAACGAUCUAUAUCUUAGCUUCGCUAUUUUUAAACGAAACUGCCGAAUCAGGUCAAAUUUUUGUUACCUGCCCAUACGCAGACAGCGCUUCUUAAGCUAAUCCAAAAUGGCGUUUUCACUCAUCCAUGCAACCACGCCUUUGCCGUAUAAACAUUUUGACGGCCAAUUUUUCAAUCGCACCGACUAAAAAUUUUACCGUUAUUACGCCGGGUUCCGUGUGAACGAAACACCUUAACCCACUAAUUUUCAUUUGGUCCAAAAUUGGUCGGUAACGUGUUUCAACAACGUUAAAUAACGUAUUUUAAGGAGGACCUUAGAUAACAAUGACCUCAAGCAGUUUGACGUCCAGCGGUUUAGUGAAAACAAGGGUUUAGGUGGGGUGCUCAGUGUCGCGGGCUCAUAAAACCUGAUUGUUAUUUAAGGAUUUUCGUAUUUUAAGGUCUAGAGCCUACUUGACAGGCCCUCAAGGUCAUGUGGGAAGCUGAAAGCUCCUUUGUAUUCUGACAUAACAUCUGGGUUGUCACAAUGGUAUGAAUCUUGCCUCGUCCCUUCUUGCUCAAUGCAUUUCGGACUCGCUAGGACCACCUGACCCAAAACGCAUCGGCCGCGCGCAAUAAUAAGGUCUAGGAACCAGGAAUAAGUGUGUAGGUAUGUUUAUAUUGUUUAGGGGUUGGCCGCAAGCCGGAAACAGUUUUAUGACAGGUCUCUGGCACUGGCGGUAAUCUAACUUAUAUUAUUGACUUGAUGUAGAUUUCUUUACUUUACUUUUAUGGCUAGUUCUUUAAACAAGACGCUAGCGGAAAAACGUGAAAUGCAACCAACUUCUCAGCCUAAUGAACCUACCACACUGCAAUCAUCGAGUACAGCAGGAUUCUCGACCAAGGAAACAUCAACUACUACUGAAAAAACUACACAUAGAUCAAAAACUACAACCACUAAAACAGAGAUCGCAAGCACAUCUUCAACAAUGAAAGUGGCUUCCACACAAAAAUCCUCAACUUUGAAGGUAAAGACGACUUCAAAGUCAACUGAAGCAACAUCUCAAACUAAUGAAAUGACUACAAUACAAUCAUCGACUAUAGCAGAAUUAUCGACCGAGAAAACAUUAGCCGCUACCCCAACAAGUAAACCCACAUCAAAAAUCACAAAGACUGAUACAGAUGCAGAUGUAAGCACCUUACCUUCUACUCAACCUCCAACGUCAGAACUAACUCCUAAAACGGCCAGAGAAAGCUCAAUCAUGAAGCCUUCACCACAAGAACAAGCCUCUACAAAAAAGUCUAUAGCUCCCAGUAACCCUUCAAAAACUUCGAAACAACCGAAAAAAGGUACGAAGAGACCCUUUUUUCAUUAGUUUUUAUAUUACUAUGGUAAGAAGCUACGCAUGUUUACUUCUGUAAUCCUAGGGUGCGUUCCUUUGAGAUGAUCUGGAUCAAGAUCAGUGAUCCGUGAUCACUCGGAUCAUGGUAGAUCAAACGAACCGACGAAUCCACUCUGAACAAGGAUUCAUUGGUUCAUUUGAUCUACCAUGAUCCGAGUGAUCUCGGAUCACUGAUCCUGAUCCGGAUCAUCCCAAAGGAAAGCACCCCUAGUCUCCAGGUUGCGUGCGCAGAAUGUAGGUAUUCAACCUUCGUCUAGACUUCUACUAAGAAUGAAUGGAAUGUAUAGAACGAAAUAUGAUCAGACGCCGGCGGUGUUUAAACCCUCAAAACUGUCACUCGUAAACUGAUCACGCGCGUUUUGACUAUCUAUCACGUGAAACGUAUGCAAAGCACAGCGUUGUAACCUGUAAAAGCAGCAAGAGCGUUUUGAUCGGUACGUUGCCGAUGUAUCCCAAAUACCGUAAAAAAAAUACGUACUGACUUGACGUGAGAGAGACGAGAUUGUUGGGGGGGAGGGUUGGGUAAGCGCAAAAGGUUGGUAACAGACGGAAGUGCAGUUAGAUUAUGCAGCUGCUGCUGCUACUGCUAAUGAUGAUGAUGAUGAUGGUAAUAAUGAUGUUAAGGAUGUUGAUGAUGAGGAGGAGGAGGAGGAGGAGGAGGAGGAUGUUGAUGGUAAUAAUGAUGAUGAGGAUGAUUUUGAUGAUGAUGAUGAUGACCAGGAUGAGGAUGAUGACGGUGAUGACGAUGACGAUUAUGAUGAUGGUUCGCGGAGUCCAUAAGGCAGUUUUUUUUCCGAGACAACGCAUCUCGGUUUCAAUUAAAAUGUGAAAUCGUUCUGUAGGACUGAAUGCAACUUUCGGGGCUCAAUUUGCCGCUUUGCCAUCGGUCAAGUAAGUUUUUAGUUUUGCUCACAACUUCGUCACUCUGGUCACGUUGUCUUGUUUAAUCUGCCUAAAAGUGGUUCUCGAAAGAUUUAAAAUCACGGCCGCACGUAUGCCCAGAACCUAUUUAAAGUGUUUAUUAGAGUUGGCCAAAACGUAUCGAAUUUGAGAUGAUAAGAACAGUUAUUUUAAAUUUGAAAUGAACAGAUGAUCGUCGCAGUGGUAAGUGCAAUUUAAGCAGUUGCAAAUAACCCAAAACUAAUUUUGGGACUUCAAAGGGAUUCAAACCCAUGGCUUCCGCGAUAGCGCUGCAGUGCUCUACCAUUUGAGGUACGAACACCCAUACUUAGGGAGCAGGCCAGUACGUUCAGUUCGCAUCAACUAUUUCCUCCUUGCGUUGUCUACCUUGCUUACAAACUGCAAACCUGAUACUGCUUCUUGGUUAUUUUGGUGAAUUGAUGGGAAAAUAUGUUUAUUUGUUGUGCUGACCCUUUGAAAACUUAAUUUACAUUUUUUGAAAAUAGAUGGGAGUACGACGACUUCUUACAGCAACACCAGUGGAUCUGAAGGGUGAGUUGAUCACUUCGAUGCACUUAGAACAUGCUCAGUUCACCAAGCUCUGAAGUAAAAAGCGAUUAAUGAGGGAAUGCCUCAUGCAUUCUUUCGUUUCAUUAUUGUGGGCGGCAAGAGGAGCCCGCAAUCCUAAUCUCCAGGUUGUUAUUACGCAUGCGUCGCAUGUAUGUAGCCAGCAUUCGUUUGGACUCAAUCUCGUACCCAGAGUCUUCGGACUUUCUGACCAAAAAGCCAGAAGACUCGAUCUGGGUACGAGAUUGACUUCCACUAAGAAUGAAUGGAAUGCACAGAACGCAAUUUGAUCACGCGCCUUUGGACCUUCUAUCACUCGUAAUUUCAUCACGCGUGUUUUGACUACGCAAAGCACAGCGAUGGAGCAAAAGCGUAUAAAAAAGCCUGAUCGCAGGUUACCGAACGUUUUCGCCGUCACUCUAGAUCUGUGACCUUUGGUCAUUGCUAUUAGGGUAAGUGGUAAUUAAAUAUCAGUAGCUACAUUUCCUGCUUGGAUAUAAGGCCCUGUUUAUAUGGAGAAAAAUUGUCCCAGAAAGGAGGAACACCCUCCCACCUGAGUCAACUUUAGCGCGCGUUUAUAUGAGAAAAAAUUUGACCCCUCUGCCCAAGCCAAGUCCACUGGCGCAUACUUUGAUUUUCUCGCCUUGACCGAGUUGACCCGGCUGGGCGAGCCAAAGCGUUUAUAUGGAGAAAGUUGGUCCUGCUAAAGGGAUGAUCCUACCAUCGAAAAGCCCCCUAACCCCACUUUUUGUUUCUCUUGUAAACGGGUCGCCAAGUUUUGUACGGAAAUGUAGGAGAAGUUUGCUCGCCCAGAGUAGCUCGGGUAGGUGACUGACCCUUCUGCCAAGGACACAUUUUCUCUCUAUAAAUGAGGCCUAAUUAACUUCAGCUAUUUUGUCCAUCUUGUAGGUUCACUGAUCGCCUUUUUAAACAUUCGAGUAAUUUUCCAGCGGUCUUCAUGGUGAUCCUUGUGGUCAUUGUAGCUAUUUACUUUGGUUAUCACCACAGAAACAAGGUAAGUUUCAGAUCAGUCCGCUAGAACUGAUGUUGAAUGAAUAGCUUUUCAGCACCUCGAACCCUAUUUACACAAUCAAGGUUUCUUGUUAGGUAGUACCCUGUUCCCAGAAGUGUUUCUUGUGAUUUUUCAAGAAAAACCGCCGUGGGACCAGGGUCGUCAGGGAGAAACUUGUCCUUAUGAUAACUUGAUUAAACUUGCUAGAGGUUCGCAGAGACUUACCUUUUUUAGAUGGCGCGAAACAACUUAUGCAAAUAAUGACACUUUUAGUUUGGUCAAAAGAAGAUUUCCCGAUGAAUCUAUAUUUGCAAACUUUGCGUUUUUUGUUGUUGUUAUUUAUCGUUGUUUCGUUUUUUUGUUUUUAAGGCAGCACUAUGAAUUGUUUGACUAGGCACUCAGUCUAUCUUCACUCGAGUACAGUUAAGGUCCUUAAUUAAGGCAUCAACAAACUUGUGCGUUUGCUGCCUUCGUCAACUUGCCAAAAAUGCAAGGAUUAUUACAAACGUAUGUUCAUUAGACGGUCUUGUACACAUCCUCUUACGACCAAGUCGUUAAAGUAUAAUAGUUGGUGGUGCAGCCCGCGGUCUUCCUCUUGCUCAGCAAACCAGUCUUGAACUGAGCUAACAGGGCGUUUGUGCCUUCCUUUCACGUGCAUUUACAAUCGUUUAAACGGGUCCAGUCGCCAGGGUUGACUGAGGCUAUUGCAAAGGGAUAGUUGUUGUCGCACAGACAACCGUAAGCACACGGGUGUAUGCAAAAAAUAGAACGAACUGCUGUAGGUAAAGCUUAAACUUUUGAUUUGUUAACGCGCUGACGGAGACUGAUCCACAUCGUCAAUAUUCCUUUUUCUCAUGUCUUUCAGCUCCAUAAUUUUAUUAAAGAAGGUUUGUCUCAGCCAAAGCAACACAGGGGGCCAGGUUACCUUAAAGUGAAAGUGGAGGAUGACACCAUAAAUUUACCUCGCGAAGCUAACAGGGAAUACAUUUAUUAA